GUAUUUGGCACAGGACGUUUGCAGUAUGGACUUGCUGUAAUCUUGGUAUUCUCAAAACACAGAGUCAUCUUUUAAUAAUAAGUAUAUUUGAAACGGCAAACACUUCUUUAAAUACAACAGUCAUCGUAAAAUCCACUUUAUUUUUGAGUGUUACCGACUUCAGCCUUAAGGCAUAAAACCUUUCGCAAUAUAGCGGUUUUGUUUGCAAAUAAAAAUCAUAUUUUCAAUUCUGCAAUCAGUCAUAAGAAAUCAUUUAAGAACAUUAUAUCGCUGUAAAAAAUACACUUCUAAGUUGUCAUUAAUUUCUUAUUUCAUUUCCAAUGUAUUUUUCAAUAUAUCUGGCGCUCCUAACAUGGCACACUUACCUCAUAAUGCCAUCAACAUAUGCCUCUGAUGUUAACAAGAAAAUAAAAUGUCUCUAUAAAGAUACUGUAAAUUUAACCAAUUAUCAGCAUUACGAAAAUGGUUCAUAUUUAUAUGAGGGCAUUUUAAUACCACCCGAAAGACAGCAUUUCUAUAAUUUUGAAAUAACAGGAUCAUUUCCCUUAAAAGUAGCAGUUCCAGUUCAUAUGAGAGCUUGCGUUUGCGAUAUGAAGCCCUGUCUGAAAUUAUGUUGCGAAAAGGAUGAGUUUUUAUCCGAUAUGGGUAAAUGUGAAAAGAUGACGCGGGAUAUGAGAGUUAGUUGGAAACUACCAAUUUUACUAGAUAAUGGCCAAAUAAUACAUAUAAAUAUAUUGGAACAUUUUACCCCACAAGUGGGUGUGAUUUGCGAGGAACAUGUGGCACUUGUUAAAGAUACAAAUUUAUGGAGUUUGCGAGAGAAUGGCAUUAUAAAUGUAUCACAAAUGCCACCAAUCCCCACUUAUGGAUAUUGCCUAACACCGCAUUUAAGCGGUGAAACUUCGAAAACUGUUUUAAGUCCAUACGCAUGUCGUCUAUUACCAACUUGGAGAAAAUUGCUAAAUCUGUAUGCCUCUCUAAUAUCGGUAACACUUUUAACACCCACAAUACUGAUAUACGCACUGAUAAAAGAAUUAAGGGACACUUUGAGUGGAAAACUAUUGAUUUGCUAUUUGGUGUCGUUGGCAACAAUGAUUGGACUUGUGGCGUUUAUAAAAGUAUCAUUUAUAAAUUUCAAUCGUACACAGUGCCAUAUUUUGGUAUUCGAUGAAACUGAAAUCGCUUUGAAUUAUUGUUACUCACCACUACAGUUAGAGAAGGAUUCUACUGAAUAUUCACUAACACCAUUCGUUUGUUUCGCACCGAACAUACUAUCUUGGAAAAUUUAUCUAAGUUUCUUUGCGCCCGUUAUAUCAAUGUUAUUUUUAUUACCUACACUAUUAGUAUACAUAGUGUUAAAAGAAUUAAGGCAACACAUGAGUGGCCAACUAAUGAUUUGUUAUGUAUUGUCUCAGAUUAUAUCAAAUGCCAUUAUCUCGUUUAUAAAUAUCUCGAAUAUAAGUUUCGGUUUUCUAUCAUGCUUUAUAAUGGGUUAUACUGCAUACUUCUUCUAUUUAUCUUUAUAUUUAUGGCUGAGUGUUUUGUGUUAUGACAUUUCGAAAUCUUUUAAUAAUAUUAAUGCUGAAUUGAAUUUAAGAAAAAAUCGCAAGAAAUUUAUUAUAUAUUCAUUGUAUGUCUGGCUAAGUGCUGGUCUAGCAACUGCAAUUGGCAUUUUAUUAGAACUAUUGCCGAAUGUGGAUGAAGCGUAUAAGACCGGCAUUGGUUUGGAAAUGUGUUUUAUAAAUUCUGAAAAAUCGUCUGCCAUAUUUUAUUUGUAUGGACCAUCACUCAUAAUUUUACUCUUCAAUUUAGUAAUAUUUAUACGUUUGAUAGCAAUGAUUUACAAAACAAGGCGAGAUGCAGCGAGACUGGUGCGAAACAGAAAUAUAUAUAAACAAAAUGCACUUGUGAUUUUGCGUUUGUCCCUCAUAUUGGGCAUUCCUUGGAUAUUCGAGAUUCUUUCAGUCUGGAAUAGAAUUGAAUUUUUGUUUGUAAUUGCGGAUUUCAUCAUAGCUAUUCAAGGAUUUUUGACAUUUGUAUUAUUUGUCAUGAGACCAAAAGUUUGGUUUUUAAUAAAAAAUAGAUUUGAAAAAAGCGAUCAACUUUCUGUGGGAAAUCUUGAAAAUUAAAUUUGGAGUCAACAUACUUAUAUGGAAAUACUUUACGCAAAUUUUUCUUUUAAAGUCUUAAAAAAUUAAUAACACAAUUUAAAUGUAUUAACAUUUAAAAUAUAACUAUUUACCAUCAUAAUAAAUUUUGAAGCAGAUUUUAUCUUCCGUUUUUACUCUAAAA